GCUGUCCCAAUCCAGGUUGACCCAAGCCAGAAUGGUUCGAAGCAUGUGCGUUCGGACCAAACUGGUGCAAGUCAAACUGGUGUAAGGCAGGCUGCUUCGUCUUCGAGUGGCCCAGGGAGGAGUCAGGCAAAGGUUGAACCACAAAGUCCAAGUGUCCAGAGCGAAGCAUCGGAGGAGCCACCUUACUUGGGUUUGGAUCCGACGCUGUACGUCCCUAACUGCUUGGUACCAUUCUGGGAAGCAAGGGCAGAACGAGAGUUCGAAGAGCUCGGCAUCCAGGCUCGGACAUUGCAAGCGACAUGGACUGCAGCGGAGGUAGCUUCGGAUGCGAAAGCGUAUAUCGGAUCCACGCGUUACAAGUUAGUCCAUGGGAUGCGAAUCCGGUGCUGUAAGUACCGGAGCCGUCCUGAGUCAUUGCCGCAAAGCGAAGGGGCAAUGGACAGGUUGUUGGCAGUAUUUCCUGCCUGCACGGACUUUGUCAGUAUGAGUGAGUGGUUGGUAGCACACGCAAGGUCCUUGGAGCAUACCAGUUGCUACACAACAGAUGCGAAGUUAAUACAGCAGAGGGAGAUACUGACAUUGUAUGAGCUGUCUCGGCGGCUGACGGGCAUUCGAAAGUGUGAGGCGUGCUUACGUGCGUGGAUUUCAGCAGCCUCAGAGGCGAAGCGAGAUCGUAAGAAUGCUCGUCGGUUGACCAGACAAUUGGAGACGAUCAGGAGAGAGAGCCUCUCCGACACACCGGCAUCAACAGUUGGCAUCAAGGACGGCCCUGGUGUGUCUUGGAGGCAAUUUGAAGUCUCGUUGCGGGAAGAGGUCAACAACUGGAUCCAUGUGAAUAAGUUCAAGUGGAUUCGGACCCCGCAGAAAGACUUGUAUUCAGAAGCCAUUGAGCUAAGGAUCGAGCUUGCGAGACGCUUCCAAAUCCAACCAGGAAAGAAAGAUGCGGCCGGAGAGGAGGAGGACAAGCGGCUUAUUCUAGCAUUCUUCGAAAAGCUGGUGACCAUCAAAAACCUAGAAUCGUCUAAAUGCUGGGACGAAUUCAUGGCCGGUUGCAGAGCAUCACUUAUUAAAGCGCCUUUGCAAGAAGGGUUUGCAAUGUUUUGUGACCAGGUGGACAUCUUUCAGAAGAACCCUCCACCCACGGACUUAGUGUCUGGGUUCUUCUCCAGGAAAAUGUGUAUGGAACCGGGGAUUCCUUUCCCAAUGCCGCAUAUUAGGAAGAAGGCACCUCAAUGCACUUGGCCAAGUGCGUACAUCAAGAUACCUGUCAACGAUAAGGAGUAUCAGUUCACUAUUCGUGAGGGAAUUCCCUUACCCACAUUGGACGACCUGGAGGAAUGGCGAAGAGUGGCAAAGUAUCGUGACGACAAGUUUAUGGCGACCAUGGAGAAAGUCGACCUGGAAUUGUCUGAAGCCCGAUUGUGCAAGCUUUACGAAAAAAGCGUACAAGUUAUCAAGAGAGGCUUUCACGACGAUUUCCCACCGCCGCCGGCAAACGCGGCAUGGGCAGGGUACGGGGAUGACGUGCCGGGUUAUCCUAUGUCCCCACCCAAGUACCAGCGGCAGUUGGACGACACAAAGGACCAGUCGUUCUUCUGGCCCGAAUGCUGGCGGCCCGUUCCAGCUAAACAACCAGAUACGGUCAAAGGCACUGAGAAAGUCGAAAACGAGUGCACAUGGGCAGAUCAAAUGAGAAAGGAUCUGAACUAUGAUCCAGUUCAUGAUCCGAUCUUUCCAGAUGAACCCUGCCGCACACAGGUUCGACUAGGAGAAAAACAUAGGCAAAUCACGGAGGCUCUCAGCUUGGAGACCUUGCCGGAUAACUCGCGAGAGUUUCCGACAGAACCUCCAUGCACGGGAGCCGCCUAUCCAGACGAACUGCCUCAAGUGGCGCCGCAAACGCCGCCUGCCGGCGCUAUUAUAGGAGGACUCAGGUCUUACGAACGUAUCCCAAACUUCGUUAAUUUGGACAUCAGUGAUAUCAAUUUAAGCGACGAAGAUAUAUUUGCAAACCUGCGUGACCUGCCCAAAACAGCUCUGAUAAAUGCGCUUAUGAAGAAGCAUGGAGAAAUUAGGCGCAUACAGGGUGAACUUGCCUCAAGAAUGUGUCCAUUGGCAGACAUGGCAGAACACGUUGUGGCGAGUGUACAAGUCACGGGUGAACGUGUCUGCCGGAACUUGCAGGACGCAGUCUUCCGGCUUCAACGAGGGUGCAGCAAGAAAGAGCUUCUUGCCGAGCAGUCCCUUCACCGACAAAACUAG